UCAUGACUUCUCUUUUAAUAUAUAAGAUGAGAAGAUUGAAAAAUAAUAAUGUCAACAAAAGGGAGGAAAAUCUGGUAUCUGAAGAAACAAAUUGAGAGAAUAAAAUGAAGAGAGCAGACAUGUUUUAAUUCUUGAAUUCAGAAUAAGAAGAAGAAGAAGGAGAAGAAGAAACAAAUCACAUUAUAAUUUAUAAUUUUAAAUACUUCUAAAUGCACUAUUUUUAAUUUCAUUUACUUUUUCAUUUAUGUUAUCAAUCUUAUAAGACAACAAAGCUUCAUCCCUAUAAAGUAUAUAUAUGUAACCACAAAGUCUACACAUGCAUCUUCUUUCAAGCUAUAAAAAAAUUAGUUCAUUUGAAAGAUAGAUAUGAUUCGAUUUAAAGAUAUAGUUUUUCAAGCAAAGAGAAUAGUCAGUGAGAAAAUAUCGCGUUUGAGGUAUAUAAUUAACUUACGUAAGGGUCACUUCGCAGUAUACGUUGGAGAAGAAGAAGAAAAGACGAAUAGAUUUGUGGUUCCAAUCUCUUAUUUGAAAUAUCCUUUGUUCCAAGCUCUCUUGCGUCAAGCCGAAAAUGAAUUUGGCACAGAUCACUCGACGAAAUAUCUUACGAUCCCUUGUGCUGAAGAUGUCUUUAUUGACGUCACUUCUCGUCUAAAACCGAAUUUAAGUACUAGUAUUUAUUUGGUUUGAUCAUCAUUUUGGUAUAUAUAUAGUAUAUAUAUAUUUAUUAAUUAUUAUUGU